AUGGCGACUCAAGACACGUACGGAGGAGGCAGCGGCGGCGACUCGGGGCGUAGCAGAUCCGCCAUGACGAUCUCGUCCGUCAUGGCAGAUAUCAAGGAGAAGUUCAAGAACGACGAGGAGGACCAGGUGUCACCGUUCCAAGGCUUGGACAAGGCCACGGUGUUGCAAGAGACCAAGAUCUUCUCGGACGCUACGACAGUGACGCGUCACCCUAAGAAAUGCUGUCAGCUGAUUACCAAGCUGCUGCACAUUUUGACGCAGGGAGAACCAUUUACCAGUGCGGAGACGACGGCCGUGUUCUUUGGCGUCACGAAGCUUUUCCAGUCCAAAGAUGCCAAUCUACGUCGUAUGAUGUAUUUGUUUAUCAAGGAAGUGGCAGAGGCUACUGCUGCCGACGAGGUGAUCAUUGUGACCCAGAGUCUGACGAAAGAUAUGAGCUCUGACGUGGAUCUGUACCGCGCGAACGCAAUUCGAGUGCUUUGCCGGAUCAUUGACGGAUCCAUGUUAAACGCAAUCGAACGUUACAUCAAGCAGGCUAUCGUGGACCGUAAUGCACUCGUUGCGAGCUCGGCGCUGGUUUCUGGUAUCCAUCUGAUCAAAAACAAUCCGGAGAUCGUGCGCCGCUGGGUAAACGAGGUGCAGGAAGCUGUGAACUCGACGAACGAUAUGGUUCAAUACCACGGCGUUUCACUCUUAUACCAGAUCCGCCAGCACGAUAAGCUUGCUGUGUCGAAGUUUCUCGUGCAGCUGCAGAAGACGAACCUGCGUUCGAGCCUCGCAACGUGCUUGUUGAUUCGUUACACAGCAGCCCUACUGCGUGAAAGCGCAAACGGACAAGAUACCACGCCGCUGUAUGGGUUUUUGCAAAAGAUGCUUCGACAAAAGAAUGAGAUGAUCAUUUAUGAGGCUGCCAAGGCACUUUGCGCUCUGCCUGUAGAUGCGCGUGACUUGACGCAAGCAAUCGUCGUGCUGCAGUUGUUCUUGGGAUCUUCAAAGCCCACUCUUCGUUUUGCUGCUGUGCGGACACUCAGCCAAGUGGCGCUGGCGCAGCCUAUGCUUAUAACACGCUGCAAUGAGGACAUGGAGACACUUAUUACGGACUCGAAUCGAUCUAUUGCGACCCUGGCGAUUACUACCCUCUUGAAGACUGGUGCCGAAUCGAGCGUGGAUCGAUUGAUGAAGCAAAUCUCGACGUUUAUGGGCGACAUUGCUGACGAGUUUAAGAUUGUCGUAGUGGAGGCUAUCAAGAAUCUGUGCUUGAAGUACCCUCAGAAGCACCGCGUUUUGCUGAACUUCCUGGCCAAUUUCCUCCGCGAGGAAGGUGGGUAUGAGUUCAAGAAGACGAUUACAGACGCUAUCCUGUUCUUGAUUGAUCGCAUUCAAGAGUGCAAAGAGACGGCAUUGCUUCACUUGUGCGAGUUCAUCGAAGACUGUGAGUUUGCGCAGCUAUCGACGAAGAUCUUGCGCGUACUAGGACAGAAGGGUCCAACGACAUCAGCACCGGCGCGGUACAUUCGUUUUAUUCGUAACCGUGUCAUUCUCGAAAAUGCUCCUGUGCGCGCUUCGGCCGUCUCAGCGUUAGCCCAGUUUGCGAUUCGGGUGGGGUCGCUCCGUUCGAGUGUGUCAUCUCUGCUGCAGUGCUGCAAACUUGAUGAUGACGACGAAGUUCGCGAUCGUGCCACCAUGUACCUUGCCGUCCUCGAGGGCGAUGAGGCGACCAGUCGCAAUCUUCUUGUUGACGACUUUCCGAUGAGCGUGGUGGCGCUUCAGAAAUCGAUCGAUCAGUACGAGCUGCGUCCUGCUGCUGGUCCGCUUACAUUUGAGACCCUGCCUCAUGUCGAAGUCGUUGAAGAUGUUGCUGAGACGAAUACAGACAGCACAGAGACUGACGAUGGCUCUGUCCAGACUGAUGCUGCUCCUGAACCUCAGGACCUUGCGAAGGAACUGUACACGAUCCCCGAGUUUGCUGAGUUGGGUGUGCUCUUCCGCUCAUCCAAGCGGCUCGAGUUGACGGAAGCCGAGACGGAAUACGUUGUCAGUUGCACGAAGCACGUGUUUGCCCAGCAUAUUGUACUCCAGUACACGGUGCUAAACACAGUGAGCGAUCAGCUGCUCACAGACGUGACUGUUGGCUUUGUCAUGGAGCCUGAAGACGUGUGGCAGGUCCACUCGGUUGUCUCUCUGGCCAAACUGGCCUACGGCAAGACAGGCUCGUGCUAUGUCUGCUUAGAGUAUAUUGGUGACGGUGUGUACCCCAUCGUGCAACUCGCCAACGUCGAGUUGAAGUUCAAGGUACACGAAGUAAACCCAUCGUCAGGCGAGGUUGAAGACGAUGGCUUUGAUGAGGAGUAUCCGAUGGAAGAUAUCGAAAUCAGUGCGUCGGACCUGAUGGCCAAGAUCUCCGUGAACGACUUUCGCUCGGCUUGGGAGCGUAUCGGCGACGCUGCUGAGGUGAAGGGCAGUUAUGGUCUGAAGUACAAGAGCCUCGUGGAGGGCGUGGCAGCAGUUAUCGAAAACCUUGGUAUGCAGCCAUGUGAGAACACGGCCGUGCCACAACCAAAAACGAAGGCACACAUUCUUCUACUAUCAGGCGUGUUUGUUGGUGGCGUGAAGGCGCUAGUGAAAUCGAGAAUAUCGCUGGAUGAGCAGAGCGACAGCAUGAUUCUGCAGAUGGCCGUGCGUUCGGAGUCGGAGGAAAUCAGUCAAACCAUCAUGGACUGCAUUAGAUAA